GGGGAACAUGGCUGCGAUGACAGCUGAGCGGUUUGCGGCGCUCCAGACCCUGCUCAAGGCCUCCUCAAAAGAUGUUGUUAGGCAGCUGUGUCAAGAGAGUUAUUCCAACCCAUCGCAUGACUCAAAAGAACUCCUGGAUUUCACAUGUUCCAGCUUGUCCGUGACUCAGGAGGAGGCGGCUCAGCUCCUCCAGGCUCUGCACCAGCUCACGAGACUGGCGGUCUUCCGGGACCUGUCCUCCGCCCCCGAAAUUCUGGCUCUCUUUCCUGAGAAUUUCCACCCGAACCUCAAAAACCUGCUAACAAAAAUCAUCCUGGAGCACAUAUCUACAUGGAGAACCGAAGCCCAGGCAAAUCAGAUCUCCCUGCCACGCCUGGUCGACCUGGACUGGAGAGUGGACAUCAAGACCUCCUCAGACAGCAUCAGCCGCAUGGCGGAGCCCACCUGCCUGCUCCAGAUGAAGAUCCAGGGUGAUCCCAGCCUGUGCAGGGACAAGCCCCCCGUCUCAGCUGUCACCAUGGAGCUGAGCAAAGAAAUGCUGGACACAAUGUUAGACGGGCUGGGCCGCAUCCGAGACCAGCUCUCUGCCGUGGCCAACAAGUGACCUGGCCACCGGGCCUCAGCAGCCCCUCGGCAGGGGCCAUCAUCACACCCAUAGCCGUGGCUGCCACAGGCUGGGGGAUCCCGGCAGCGGGGACAGGGAUGGGGACUGUGACAUCACUGCCAGGCUCCUCGCGGUUCCCCCAGUCCGGCUUCCUCCUCUCCAAAACUGGUGAGCAGAAGCCUCCCGCGCUGAGUGGGGGGAAAUGUGCAGCCUGGUCAGGAGACUGGUCAGGAAUUUCCGGCCCGGAUCGUGGCACUGAGAAGAAGCUCACUGCUAACCUUCUCCUUAGCUGAGCUCCUGCUGUGGCGCACAUGGAGUGUCUGUCAUGGGUACCCCCAGCUCCCCCUGCCGCUCCCGGCCAGCCCCAUAAGCCAUGCCCUGUAGCGCAGCCUGCCCUUCACCCCGCUCCCACCUUCCCUCCAGCAAACUUAGAAAUGUUCCCCAGCCUCCAGGUCUGAAAUGGGCUUCCCUGAAGCCACGGGAGCCUUCCGUAAGAAAAGACAGCCACCCCACCCCCUGUGAUGAAGUUGGAGUAAUAAAUGCCAUUUCUAGCAUG